AUGUUGAAUAUUGGAGGAGAAGUUGAGUGUAACCAGGUUUCGCAACCACCACCACCACCACCGAUGGCAAUGAACCCCGUGGGGACCCAGCCGGGGGAGCCCCCUGUUAAUUGGAUGCCCGCCCCUCAGGUAGCCGCUCCCCGGGGGUGCCCACCAGGUCUGGAAUACCUCACCCAAGUCGACCAGCUGUUCGUUCACCAGAUCGUCAACCUUAUCGAAAUGUGCGGUGGGGUUGAGUUGACCAACAGAUAUGCCAUCAAGAACAGUUUGGGACAACAAGUCUACUUUGCUCACAAAGAAUCAAGUUUCUGCAUGCAUUUUUGGUGCGGAUUCCAGCGUGGUUUCAUCUUCCAUAUCACGGAUAACAGCCAACAGGAGGUGAUGCGUCUCGUCCGUGAAUUCAAGUGCUGCGCUGGCUGUGGAUGUUGCGCCAACAGCGAUUCAUGUUCCUUCGAAGUCAAAGUAGAAGCUCCCGUCGGAAACGUUGUCGGAUACGUCAGGCAAUCACAAUAUUACUUAGGGCCCAAGUUUGAUAUCCUUGAUGCUGAGAGGAGGCCUGUUGUCAAGAUUAAGGGACCCUACUGUAUGUGUCAAGACAUCGAAUUUGAUGUCUUUACUGGUGACAUGGCCACGACAAUUGGAAAGGUUUUCAAGCAUUGGCCCGGAUGUUACAAGGCUGCAUGGACCGACGCCGAUAACUUUGGUGUGACAUUCCCCGCUGACCUGCAUGUAAACGUGAAGGCGACUCUUUUGGCGGCUGUGUUCCUCAUUGACAUCAUGUUCUUCGAGGGGUCAAAACAAUAACAACAACUAAAUAAAAGG